UUAGACGGGAAGCCGUGUUCAUCCAAAAAGAUGGAAUUUCUAUCAAGUGGAUUUCAGCAGCUCUACUCGGACCUAGAAAAUGAUUUCCUCAUGUGGGACUAUUCGGAAAGUGGAAUCGAUAUAAUAAGUAAAAGUGAUUUAUACGAACCGUGCAACCUUCAAUCCGACAACAAUGAUAACUAUGAAAUAACCACACUCCUGACAAGUGAUUACGGCAAAACUUUCGAGCCUUUCCAAAAUGACUUCGACACCAACAACUCCGAAUAUUUUGACUACAGUAAUCAGAUCUCUGAACCAGAUUGGGAGCAUGCAUUCCUGGAAAACUAUCUUGAACUUCCUGAUGUUGUCGAUUUGCUGCCUGAGCGAACCCCGUUGUGCAAUGAAUCCUGUGAUAUGUUCCUGAAGGAAAGUUCCGAAAAUCUAAAUAAAUUUCGUCCUGAAAGGGAAUGUCCUAAAAAGUCUCAUUCAUCAAAUCAAUCAGAUCUUGAACAGGAUAAGGUUUUCCCGUGUACGUAUGGAACGUGUAAGAAAGUUUACGCAAAACCAGCUCAUUUGAAAGCGCACAUUCGACGUCAUUUAGGAGAUAAGCCCUACGUGUGCACUUGGCCUAAUUGCACCUGGAAGUUUUCGCGGUCAGAUGAAUUGGCCAGACAUAGGAGAUCACAUUCGGGAAUCAAACCCUACAGUUGCACGUAUUGUUCUAAGUGUUUCUCGCGAUCGGAUCAUUUGGCAAAACAUAAGAAGGUUCAUGAACGGAAAAUGGCUGCAUGCAAGCAGAAAGGGAUUAUUUUGACGAAUUUACCACUGAUACGGCCUGGAAGGAAACCGAAGAAUUCCUGUGAUAUUUAGUUAG